AUGGGUACUACAAGGAACAUGAAUAUGAAUAUGAGUAUGGAUGGAAUCAUGUUCCCUACUGCCGAGCACAUCGACGUACGACAACAGGCUCUCAUACAGCACAACGAUGAUGUUUGGAUGUACAACCAGACAUGCUCAGGUACCACUUCCAUUUCUUAGGCUUAUGAAAAAGGCACACCUACUAACAACUGCAGACUAUCCAGCCCAACAACCAAGCUUUUGGCCGGCCCAUCUGUCAGAAUACCAACAAUCGCACCAGUUUCCACGCCUUUCGACUUCGACGCACUCUUCAUAUUCUUCCCAUCUAAGGGAUUCGGAUUCAAGCACUCUCUCAAACUGGCAGUCGUGUUCUUCAGUAGCUUCGACAAACUCCAACUGGUCAAACUUGUCCAAUCAGCCCUAUGGUCAACGCACAUCCAGCCUCAACAACGCAGCAAAUUUUGCUCCUCCAAUCUCAUCUUCCCAUACUGCUGAGUCAGUUGUAGAACCUGUGUCUCCGGCACCAUCUUCAACAUCCAAAAGAAGAAACAUCCAGCGCUACACCACUCCGGGGAAAGAUACAUUCGCAACGUGCGUCUCACGGAGACGUCGAAGUCGACGAUCCCAAAGAGAGCCAAGGUAUUGGUGUACCUCCUGCGAGGAGCCGUUCAUCGAGAAAUAUGACUGGAAACGACACGAGGAAACCUAUCAAGAACGUCGACACGUUUUUCGGUGCGACCUUUGUAGCGCUGUUUACUUCCUCGAGAAAGACUUUCUGUACCACCACGAGACACGUCACAAUUGCGAAACUUGUCAAAGAGAGGGUCACUCCGAUACAGCCAAGCAGACUCGUCAAGCUCGUUCAGGCUGGGGGUGUGGCUUUUGUCUUCACUUCAGCUUUGAUUGGAGGGAGCGAUGCAACCACGUCGCGCAACAUUUCGAGAAAGAACAAAAAUCCAUGAAAAACUGGUUACAAAGCAAUGUGAUCCACUCUCUCCUUCAGAGACCAGUUAUCUUCAAGGAAUGGCUCAGAAUCUUGCAUACUCAACCUCAGCUCAGAGGCGACUUCGGUUGGAACCGACACGACACCGAACGCGUCGAGGGGUAUCCAGAGAACAAUGCCGAGCCGAACCUGCAAGAUCGUCUUGAGUACUUCAAGCCUUCCGAAAACGCGGCUGCGCUGGCGCAGUUUGCAUUUAAAAAGAUCGCUUUUCCUUCUCAUCCACCUCAGGCCCCACGGAAAGACCACAAGGACCAUCACACCGCGACUUUGCAAGACCUAAUGGAUGACACAGAAUCGUGGAACAGUUUUGUGAGCACUAUUCUAGAGGAUGAAAUCUCUCCUACGAAUAUCUGUGACCUCGACUUCAACGUGGUAGACAAAGACUUCAGUCAAGAUACCGGUUACUGUUACUGA